AUCAACUCCAUAAGGAGAAUCUUUCAAAAAUAUCCAGAUAAGAGAAGACCAGAUAAAGAACUGUUACAAUUAUUGGAAAUAAACCUCAUGAGGAAUGAUUUUGAGUUCAACGGGGAAUUCUAUUUACAGAUUAAGGGUACGGCGAUGGGGAAAAACUUUGCCCCAGCCUAUGCCAACAUCUUCGUGGCAGAGUGGGAGCGGACCCUACUAAAUAGAGGCCUUACAUUCAUCCCUACAAAACUCUAACUGUAUGCCAUAAAUGAUUUCAGGCGGAAGAUGGAGAAUAAUAAUAAGAAGAAGAAUAAAUCUGAGGAAUAGUAUAAGUGUGCCUCUUGGCAUAGGUACACUUAAUAAUAUGCGUUAGUGGAAUUACUACAGUAUCUUGAAAUUUGCCGUUUCCGUUCGUGCUUUUAUUUUGAAGGCAGCCCAUUGAAACGGAAAUUGUUGUGCUGGGUCAUGUGCCUUGCAUUUAGCGUUUCCUUUCCAUUAGCAAAGUUGUAGAUUGCAAGAAGUUCUUCGCGAGUAUACAUUUGAGCACACCAGAACAAAGGGAUUACACACAUAUAAAGCACGCUUUCCAUUGCCAUCGAAGCGUUACACCCCUUCUCCUGCACCAGGGCCCAAACAGAGCCCCCUACAUGGUGGGCUCCCAGGGAGCUCUUUACUGAUCGGACAGCAAGCUGCAUGCUUGCUUGCGGCUGGCUCAGCUGAAAGCCCACCUUGCGUUGACACAGAUAAAUAACGCUAUUGCUAUUGGUGGCCGAACCAAUACACGCGCCCCAUUUAUAUCCACAACACCCCCCUUUCCUGACAGCUGCAGCCAUCAGUCUACUAAACCUUCUGAAGGUUGCUAACACCAUGUCCCAUCCCUUAUAUAACCUCUAUGCCUCUGGGAAACAAAGUUCAGCCCAGGGGCGCUAUGGACAGCCGAGUAUGCAGGCAGAGAGAGACUCUCAUAAGGCAUCUCCUCAUCUUGGGCCUGGGUCCAGCUUUAGCUCUUCUGGAGUUUCAUCUGCGACUCCUGCAAAAUCUGGAGGAACAAUCCCAUCACGGCUAACUAUGCCAAUGAGCUGCAGGCCAGAAGGGAGUAAGACUUCAAUGGAAGAGGACAUAAAGAGGUCCAAACCUGUGGGCUCUGCAGAGUCUACUUCAGAAACAGCUGUGAACAUCCUUAUGCAAUUUGGACUUGAAAAAGAGGACCUGGAACAUCCGAUCUCAUACUCUGAAGAUCAGAUCACUCCUGACAAUCUGCCUUUUACCUUAGAAGUGACAAGGAAUAUCCCAGUGCUGGCCCAGAUGCAAGACUACACUGCCACUUCACCUAGGGUCUUUCCGCAUACCUGCUCUCUGUGUAACAAGGAAUGUAAUCAGAUGAAGGAUUGGGUCUCCCACCAGAAUACCAGCCGUCACAUCGAGAACUGCAAACUUCUGCGAAAGCAAUACCCAGAGUGGAACGGUGAAAUAGCAUCACCGCUAGGUGCGUCAGGUGCCAAGCCCUCUCCCUCAACUUCUGCUGAGACUUCCCAGAAGAAAACCAGACAUGAGAGUCGUUCCCAUUCCUGCAGCCCCCGCAGUCAUCGUGACUCAGAGCGUAGCAGCGACAGGCGAAGUAGGCGUUCCCGCUCCCGCAGCCAUCGUGACUCGGAGCGAAGAAGAAAUAGACGAAGUAGCCGUUCCCGCUCUCGCAGCCCACGUCGCCGCCGUGACUUGGAGCAUAGGAGGAACAGUCAUUCCUGUUCUCAAUCACGCAGCCCCCGAAGGGAGAGACACAGAAGCCAAUCACGAUCUCUGUACAGGUCCAGACAGAAUCGCAGGUCCCGGUCUCAUUCUGACUCCUCAUGGUAUGACCGUCCUUCCUCUUCACGAUAUCGAUCACGCUCAAGGUGCCGCGAGAGACGAUCCUCACCGAGAAGAAGAGAUGAGAAACGUUCAUCACCGAGGAGAAGCUGGGAGAGGCGAUCGUCGACUGAGAGGUCAUCUCCUAGGCGAAAGAAGUCGAGCAGCUCAAAGAUCUUGGCAAAGAAACUGCUGGAAACAUCAGCUCUCCAGUCCUUAUCAAAACAGUCUGACCUGGAGACUGUCGUCAAAACUUUGGCUCCUGCCCUGCUGGCUCAGCUAGUCAAGAUGAAGUCGUCCCCAUCAACAUCAUCAUCAUCGUCCUCACGUUCUGCAUCUCCAGAAACAACUAAAGGGACGCCUAGCACAGAGAAGACAAAGGCUGGUAAAUCUUCCUCUCCGACCAUGGUGAGGCUACAAGGGACUGAAGCUGCGGUGGCACCUAAAAAUACAGCCAAGGCUACGGAGGCUAUUGAACCAAUUAAAGGUGCUGCAGUUGACGACUCUGUGACUGCAGAGAAGAUCUCAAAGGAUCAGCCGGUCGCUGUUACCCACCCAACAUUUGGGAGCGGAUACAAGAGUUGUCUCAAGACAGUCAAACUUCCCAAUUCAAAGCUUGUUUUGCUUGAUUACAAGGUGCUGUUAAUAAGCAACCUGCCAGAGUAUCACGAUGGCUGUUACGCAGAGGAGGACAUCGCCGGUCUGCUCACUCGACACAGAUUUGAAUAUUACGACGACACGAUCUACGUUAUACCACAGGCACGCAUGGCUUUUGCCCUCAUGCCGACAGCAGUGGCAGCUAAAAACAUCGUGCUAGCAUCAGAAAAACAUGAUUUUAUUCUCAACGGGUCUAAACUUCGACUGCAGGUUGAGAAGGGCAACAUUUUAAUGACGCCGAAAGCCCAAUCUCAAGGUUCUACGUUCUCCACGAUCAUGUUGACCGGUUUGCCAGAAGGAAACUACAGACAGGAGGAUGUCACCAAGCUGGUGUGGCGUUACUUCCCUGAUCAGACGGUUCAGACUCUGUACUACAACAUAAUCGUUUUAUCACUGCAGAGGAGGGCCUUUGUGUUUUUAACAGCUGGGAUGCGUGCUGCGAUUUCGCCAGAGAUUACCUCAAAAAUCCAGUUACUGUUGGAGAGUGGACGCUCAGAAUCCACAUUGUUUUACAAGACAUGCUUCCUGGUUCAAGUGAGGUAUGAAAAUGGAGCAAUCGGGGGCUGUUAA